AAGCAUGGCGGACAAAGAAAAUUUCGACGCAGUGGAAAUUGUUCAAAAUCCUGAACCAUCCGAGCACGAAGAACGUAACAAAGGUAGGAUACCUACCCCUAGUGAUCUCGCUCAGGCUAUCGUGGCCGAUCGAGAUUUUAUCACCAAGAUUUCUUCCGCAAUUUGGUCAAAUAUUGCCCAGAAUUUUAAUACAAAUUCUAGCGAAGUCUCAAGCCAAAACACUGCUGUGCCCGAAGGCCAUGCAGAAGUCAUAAAUCCCGGAGUAUCAGUGGAUCAAACGGGUAUAAUAGAAGGCAUAAAUCAAAUUGUAAAUCCCGCAGUAUCAGUGGAUCAGUCGGGUGCAGAAAAACGAGUUUCUGAUGAACAUAUUGAAUCAGAAGUGCCACCUAAAAGACCUCGCACGUGUAUUUCGAUCGAUUGCGAGUCGGAUGUUCAAGAAAAUGUGAACAUUGACAACCCAGAAGAUGAAAUUUUCUCCCCGAAUUCUCGUUGGGAGGCCAGUGAUCAAUUGACUGAGUUCCUAGGAACAGUCCCCAAACGUUUAAAUAAAUUUGAACGAAGAAGUUUAGUAAAAGCAUACCCUCGUCCAAAUGUUGAUGAUAUUUACACCCCAUGAUGGCCUCCCGUGGAGUUCCAAGAGCAGUGGAGGCCGGCCAUGGAAUACCUAUCGCCCCUUGCAAACCCGACCACAUACGUUCGUUCGCCAAAAUAUGUUCAGUCGGGGAAGAGCAACCAGAAGCCGAGGUCAGUUCCCGAGAUUCCAAAGCCCCCAAAACUUCAGAUUCAGUCAACACUAAUACAUACUCGACCAGAACAUCUGCCCAAAGGUAUGUUUUCAAAUUUUGUUCUUCCCAGUCUGGGUCAAUGCCUUCCCCCAACAGGGCGUCUGAAGUAUUUCAGUCCAAUCUGGAAGAAAAUUACUCAGGACCCUUGGGUUUUGCAAGUAGUCCAGGGUUAUGAAAUCGAGUUUAUAAAGCCACCUGUUCAACAAUUUCCAGCAAGGGUACCAACACUCUCUCCAGUGUUGGAGACCGUUUUAGAUCAAGAGGUAAAGGAAUUGCUGGAGAAACUAGCUGUUCACCCAGUGGAUCAGCAAACAGAUGGCUUCAUAAGUUCUUUGUUUGUGGUCCCAAAAAAGGAUGGAGGCAAUCGCCCAGUAGUCAACCUAAAACCCUUAAACCAAUACUUGAUAUACGAGCACUUCAAAAUGGAAGGCAUCCAUAUGUUACGAGAUCUUUUAAAGCAGGGGGACUGGCUUGUGAAGAUCGAUCUGAAGGAUGCAUAUUUGACGGUACCCAUCUGGAAAAAUCACCAGAAGUACCUAUGCUUUCUUUGGAAAGACAACAUGCUGGAAUUCGCUUGCCUCCCCUUUGGCUUAGCCACAGCCCCAAGGGUUUUCACAAAGUUGAUGAAGCCAGUUGUAGCACUGUUGAGACAGUGGGGUAUCCGACUGAUAAUUUAUUUGGACGAUAUCCUUAUUAUGGCAGAGUCUCAAGAUCUUGUGCUCCAUCAGGCAGCAUCAACUUUGAACCUGUUAGAGAGUCUGGGUUUCUUGGUCAACUACAAGAAAUCCCAAUUGGUUCCCAGUCAGCAACUAGAAUUUUUAGGUUUGUUAAUAGAUUCCAGGGGCCUUACCCUUCAAUUACCAGGGGAGAAGUUAAGAAAAAUUCGAAAACGUUGCCAAAAGCUGCAAGAUCAGGCAGAGGUCUCAAUACGGGAAUUGUCAAAAUUCCUGGGCCUCCUGACAUCCUCCAUUCAGACCGUUUUCCCAGCUCCCCUCCAUUUCAGAAAUCUACAGAGACUGAAAACCAAGCAAUGGCUUCUCACCAAUCUUACGAGGCCAUGAUUUCUCUGGAUCAAGCAUCCCGGGAAGAGAUAGCUUGGUGGAGGGAUCACCUCCUAGCAUGGAAUGGCAGAGCGCUGUUCCAAAAACCAAUCGAUCUGAUCAUCGAGACCGAUGCAUCUCGAAAGGGUUGGGGGGCAUACUGCCAGGGCAUCAGUACAGGGGGUCCUUGGUGCUUGGAAGAAAAGAGAUUGCACAUCAAUUGCCUCGAACUCCUAGCAGGGUCAUUGGCUAUCAAGACCUUCACAAAGGACAAGGUUUGUGCACAUGUGAAGUUGCUAAUGGACAAUACAGCAGCUGUAGCAUACAUAAACAAAGUGAGGGGAACUCACUCUCAGGGCCUAUCGAAUUUAGCUUUAGACCUAUGGGAGUGGUGCAUUCACAACAACAUGGAGGUUUCUGCUCACCAUCUUCCAGGGCAUCUAAAUAUAAGAGCAGACAGGGAAUCACGUCUCUUACUAGAUUCCAGCGACUGGAAACUAAACCCCGUAAUGUUUCAGUCUCUGGUGAUGAAUUGGGGUCCCUUAGAGAUAGACCUCUUUGCAUCACGUCUAACUUAUCAGCUGCCACAGUUUGUCAGUUGGAGACCGGACCCCCUAGCAGUACAUUCAGAUGCAUUCUCGAUCAGUUGGCAGAACAGGCAGGGGUAUGCCUUUCCCCCAUUUGCUUUGAUAGGUCGAUGUCUACAGCAGGUAAUGACUCAGAAUGUCGAGCAGUUAAUCCUUGUAGCUCCAUUAUGGCCAGCUCAGCCAUGGUACCCAUUGCUGCUUCAUCUGUGCAUAGACCUCCCAGUGUUAUUUCCCAUGUCCCCAACACUUUUAAUGAGGGACAACCAGCCUCACCCUCUAACCAGUCUGCAACUGGCUGGUUGGAGACUGUCAGCCAACGUUAUGAAACAGCAGACAUUUCGGAGUCAACUCGAAACAUUUUGUUGGCAGCCUGGAGAAAGAACACCUCAUCUACUUAUUCAUCAUCCUAGAAUAAGUGGGUUAGCUGGUGCCUAUGGCUGGUGUGAUAGGCGGAAAGUCAAUCCUCUUUCAGCACCCUUAAGUGCAAUCUUAGAGUUUCUUAAGGAUCACUUUGAAGAGGGGAAAGCAUAUAGGACUCUAAAUGUGUAUCGUUCAACUGUAUCAACUCUUUUACCAGAGAUUGAUUCAUUUAGGGUGGGGUCUCACCCAUUAGUUUCUCAACUGUUAAAAGGUGUUUUCCAUCUAAGACCACCUGAACCACGGUACUCGUAUACUUGGAAGGUUGGGACUGUAAUAGCCUUUAUUAGAUCCCUGGGUAAAAAUGAGAAUUUGGAUCUCAAACUGUCAUCAUUUAAGUUAGUAAUUAUGCUGGGGCUUACGGCUCCAGAUAGAUCUUCAGAUCUGGUUAAGAGAGAUCUACGAUUCCGUACUUCCUUCCUGAAGGAGUGUCCUUCGAGUUACCUGGUUUGUCCAAGACUUCUAAAGUGGGAGAUUCCCCAAAGCUUAGUUUUCAUGCAGCUUUUCCUCAGGAUAAGAAUUUAUGUCCUGUGGAGUGUUUAAAAUCUUAUGAAUAUAAAACUAGAGAGUCCAGACCAAAGGACAAUACACAACCUAAUCCUUUGUUUUCUAUCGCAUAUACGGCCUUUUAAACCGGUAUCUUCAUCUACGUUGGCCAGGUGGAUAAAACGUUUAUUAAGUCUAGCUGGUAUUGAUACAGCGAUUUUUUCUGCACAUUCAUUAAGGGGUGCCGCUACAUCGGAAGCAUUAAAUCAAGGG